AUGAAGCUCCUCUCCACCGCGUUCGCCGCUCUCGCUCUCUUCGCCGCCACCGCAGGAACCUCCAUCUCGUCCUGCAGCACGAUCACCAUAGGCACGCUCACUGUACCCGCCGGUGUCACGCUGGACCUGAGCAAGGCCAAAACAGGCGCCAACAUCCUAAUCUCCGGCACCGUCACGUUCGGACAAAAGAACGGCUCCGGCACGUUGGACGGCCAAGGCGCCUGGUACUGGAAGCAGGGCACGUCCAUCAGCCGGCCCGUCUUCUUCCGUCUUAACCGCGUCACGGGCUCCACGCUCUCGGGUUUCAAGAUCAAGAACUCGCCUUUCCGUACCUUCAGUGUCCUCAACUAUCAAAAGACAACCAUCAGCGGACUCACACUCGACUCGAGCGCUGGUGACGGCACGGCCAAGAACACGAACGGCUUCGACUUAAGCGGCAGCAACUACGUCACCAUCACGGGCAACAAGAUUUACAACCAGGACGACUGUCUCGCCAUGCAGUCCAGCACCAACACUGUCUUCAGCAACAAUUACUGCAGCGACGGCCACGGCAUUUCGAUUGGCUCGCUCGGCGGCUCCACCGUCAACGCAGCCGCCGUCUCCGGUCUCACGGUGAGCGGCAAUACCAUCGUCAACGGCGUCAACGGCAUCCGCAUCAAGACCAUCGUGGACCUCAAGGGUCUCGUGUCCGACGUCACGUACACGAACAGCAAGUUGUCGAGCGUUAAGAACGCCAUCGUGGUCCACUCCGACUACAGCAAGUCCAAGGGCGGCUACACCGGUAAGGCCACGAGCGCCGUCACCAUCAAGGGCGUGACCAUCUCUGGUCUGUCGGGCACCGCCACCAACCUGUACGACAUUGUGGCGAACUCGAAGGUUGUGUCGAACUGGAAGUUCUCGGGUGUCACGGUGAAAGCGUCCACGACGGGCAAAUGCAGCGGCCAGCCCAGCAACGUCAAGUGUUGA